AUGAAUGCUCUGAUAGUGGUAUUUGUUGGAUUCCUUCUGAGAUGUAUGGGCAGAGUUUUCAAUUUAAAAACUCCCAUUAGGUAUCUACAGUGCUAACUUUAUUCCUCAAAUUGUUGACAAAAUAAAUGUUGAAGUUGUACAAGAAAAGAACACGGGUUACUUGAAUUGCACAAUGGUUUUGGACGAAUCUCAGUUAAACGUGAGUAUAAACGGUAAAAAAUCAAAAAAAUAACGUUUCGAAGACGGAUUUUGUUCUUUUUGAAUGAUUAUCACUGCGAUACGUGGCGUAAGCACCGCGGUUACACCUAUAAUAAGAGUAUAUCCACUUCGUAUAUGGGCACCAUCGACACAUCGGUGCCGGCUUUGUCUGCACCGUCUAUAUCGUCGAGAUAUUGUUUAGUCAGGAUGCUGAAAGACUGGUGUGGGCAGCACCUGCGAUAGUGCUUUUUUGCUUAACUGAGCGGCCCGGGCAAUUGCUCUACGCCCACAUUACAGCUGUCUCCUCGUUAUUACUACUGGUGAAUCUCUUCCUAAUGCGGCCGAUUGACGGCGGCAGUCGAUUUCUACAAUUAGAAGCUUUAUAAGUUUUUGUAUUAGAAGUGUAUUAGAAAAAGGUGGUAAUUAAACUAAUUGUUAAUGUUUCAUGAAAACAAGUCCUCAGUGAUCCGCUAUUUUAACGAAUGCCAAACAUGUCCGUUCAUAGCGGGGAGGGAGUUCCGCCUAUCCUAUGGAUUAUGACUUAGUAGAUUUAUUAACUACUCCUCGAAAAGAGUCACAUACAUUUUGCCUUUCGAGACAAAGGAAGUACGCAGUCUAAUGGCAGAGUGAUCAUGAUACGGCAACUCACUAAGUGCAAGUUCGGCAGUCGGCCGCGCAUCGGGUUCUACGAGAGGUUAUUUGAUGUCUUUGCGGUGUAAACACAUUUUGUAAAAAAGUCUAUGUAAAUUUGCCCCUGUUAAGGGUGCCAUCACGAAGGUGUAGUCGUUUUUCAGACAAUGAAGACUAGAUAUCGAAAGUAAUGCAAAUAAGUCCUAAAGGAAUGACACGUCUCAGUCGCAGUUCUUCACGUGAAAAAUUCUUCGUGAAACCUUUAGGCUUGUAUUAUUUCUUAAGUUCUGAAGCGUCAUUUGCAUCCUCAGCUAGUCAAAAUGUGUCACACGUCAAUAACUGGAUGCACUUAGGCAAGUUUAAAUUUGCAUUCUCUGGCAAAUUAUUACCAAACCUAAUGUGCUAUCCUUCACCUGACUAUUGUAACGAAAGUUUUGUCAGUGCCAGCCCCAAUCUUGGACAGCAAUUUUGAAACCAGAGUUUGCACCCACAGUCUGACUGAGAGUAGAAUCCAAAUAUUUUUGAAAUCUCUGACUAUCAAACGAAACUGAGCAUAAGACGUAGAUGAAAGGCUCCGGAUUUAGUUGACGUGGAAGGAACGUCUGAGACUCUCGAAUAGUGAAAAAUUAAAAGAAACAGACAGAAGAGGGAUGAUUUUAAGCUGGCUUGUGGCAACUAGUCGCGAAAAUUCGGAUUGCUUAUGUAAGCAACAUUACAAUGUUGCUUAAGCAAAUUGUCGUUUAAAAACUAAGCAGUUGAAGGAAACCAAGAUUUAUUUUGACAGGAUGUACCGCAAAAAAGACAGAACCAAGUCACUGACGAAAUGAUGAACAAAUCUCCGACAAAUACGAACUCAGAAGGUUCAGGGUCAGUUUUAAAGGGUCAGUUUUAAAAUAAAUGUUCUCCUGAAUCAUAGGGAAUUGAGAGGUCCUAUAUCGUCUUCAGUACCAAACUACUGAAAUUUUAGUCGUCAGGAAAAACAGAAAGCGCUUGUCACCUGUGAGGUGUGAAUUAUAAAUUUGAAUGUUUGGACAGCGUCAUGACUCAAGAAUCGUUUCAGUAUAUUAUAGCAAAAAUUACCUCGCCUAUUUGGUGCCAACCUUGCUGAGAUACGCACUUCUGUGGUGGUGCCCCUUGAGAAUGUUACAUAUAUUAGUCAGGCUGACGGUAUCCAGUCAUACCGGAGGUGGUGGAAUUUCCUACGCUGCUAGCUUUUGUCAAAGUGUUAUUUCUAUUGCAUAUCCAGAGAGGUAAUUUGUUUAGGUGGAAUGUGGACGGCAUUGACUGCCUGAAAGCAUUUGUAUUUUAGUCAAGUCCAUCCAAAUAGCUGCAGGGCCAUGCGAACCAAAGAUAGUGAUUUAUCAGCAACAUUCGCUUCUGUAAUUAAUCGCAAAACCAUUAAUUGCUCAAAAAUUUAUCUUUGUAAUUUUUUUUUCAGCGAAUAUUAGCAGUACUUUGUCUAAUUUUGAAGCCCUAGGAGGAAUACAUUGCAAACAUUUCAUAAAGUCACCAUCACCUUUCGUCCAGAAAAUGGACAAACAAAGCCAUUUAUACGCUACGACCUCAUGAUUUUUUUUUAGCAAGCAAGCUGGUAUUACGGCGGUAAACAAAUCAGUAUUGGUGGAAAACUGCUGGAACCGAUAAGAAUUGGACUCUAUGGCAUGCCGAAGUACCAAGCUGUCUUCCUACCGGGUAGACCAGAUUAUGCCCCUACAAUGCCAGGGACUAAUGUGGAUCAACUGCGAACCUAUCAGCUGCGUGUUCGUUUUGCGGACAUAAACGACAACGGUCUUUAUCGAUGUGUUAUCGAAAUAAGUAAGUUAGAAUUGACAUGAUGUUUUCUUCCGUGGAAAAGCAUAACUUCCUCUUCAACUUGACUAAAACGUUCCAUAAAGUCAGUGCAGAAAAUUCGUUUUUGAGGGAUUUUUCUAUGCGUCCUCUUACAGGAGCAAACUAGCUAGAGGCGUAUGGGGUUGGAAGAUUGAUCAAACAGACAAUGACAAUGAAGAUUUGAAGCAGCUAGCAGGAAAGAACUGAUGACUAAGAAGACAGCCAUUUCUAACACAAUGGUUAUCCCUGAUCAAGCCAAUUAAAUAGGAGAGUCCUAACUAAUACUAAGUCAAACUCGCAGUCAGGUUAGCUGUUUGGAAUUACUUGGAUGACUAAGACUGAGAACGAAUUAUUGCCUGAAGCAUGGAAAACAAGAAGAAUAGUUCGGUAACUAUUACUUUAAAAAUAUACAAGAGAGGCGUUCACAAACCUAUUUCAGCUGCAGAAUGAAAGUAAGCACUUCCGUUUGGGCUUUAACUUUUCAGUCUUUUGCAAAAAACAUUAAAAUUUGAGGAAGUACGCAGUUUUAUUCGGGUGUUAUGCCAUCACGACCUCCUUCCGCAGGACCUUCGUUUGAGGGAACUGACUACAAAUUUCCAUUCGAAAAUCAACAUUCCGUCAUCUGCAAAUCUGCCUUAGAAAAAAUGAAAAAUCCUCAUUCUUGCUGCGUUCAAGGGGAUAUACUUCCUUACUGACAUAAUAUUCAUAGCCUGCCUACAACCAUGGAUCCUGAACUCCUGCAUUGGAAAUAUGCUGGAUAUCUGGAGUUUUAUUGACUACUCGUCGGUAAAUAUGCACUGUUGAUCUGAGUAACUCACGGUUUUAAUCAGUGAGUCAGCUGAAAUGGAUGCAGCCUCCACGAUGAGAUACCGACUUGUUUUAAGUAGAACAACUACACGAACAACUCCGUGGUAACCCGACCAAAUAAGCAGGAAGGAAGAAACGGUCGGUAAGGUAGGACUUCGAACCCCAUCCACUCAACCUUUUUGCGACAACAUCAAUGCAGAAUUAUUUCCAUAAAUCAUCCCAAAGCGGCCGAUUCAACGUAGAAUUACUUCCAUACAUCAGCGGUCAAUUCCUAGUCAGGACAGCUUGAGACACGUGGAUAAGCACGCAAGUAGUACUCCAACCACAGAAAUGGGAGAAAGAUGCACGAAAAGUAUGCUUCCGCCGUAAGGUUGUUCGACUGUGUUUGCGCGAUAAAAAUAGAAGGAGAGCGGAGAUUUUCUAUGUCAGUUUUGCUUAAAAGCACGAUUAAAUAACAAGCUCUGCAUUUUUUGCUACCUCUUAGAGACAUUAAAUAGAAAUCUCUGGCCGACAGCCUACGGAGAGAUGAUAGUCACGCAGGCACCUCUAAUUCUGCCUGGUUUGGCCUCAAAAAUUGUCGACGAAGGCGACUCCCUCACAUGGGUUUGCCGGGCCCAGGGCUCCGCCCAACUCAGAAUCAGUUGGACCCGCGCCAACGGACGCCCGCUUUCUCUUCCCGGCUCACCGCAGCGCAUUUACGUGAGUUGCAUGAAAGUUUAUCGUUAAAAGUUCAGUUUGUUGUCAUUUAUGACCGGGUUACUUGCAUCAAUCAACAAGUUUAUUCGAUACAGGGGAUUUUAAUAUCAAGGGGACAUAAUAACCCUGGUUCGACUGGCGUUUACACAUGUCACUUUAGAUGGGAAGAAAGUUUAGGCCGCAUAAAUGUAGGUGGCUAAAAUCAUACACUCCUCACCUUUUAUAGGCCAGACGGCAGCUGCGGAUGCAAUUGAUGAGUGAUAUCCAUGAUUACUGAAGACGAAGUAGAAGUCUUCUCACGAACAUGAGAGGAGACGCAAGCACUCGUGAUGGGUUCUGGCCAGUAGGUAUUGUAUGGCAUGGCCCAGGUCAUGAAAAAAUGCGUCGCCUUCUGAAGUUUCAGAUCGUAGAUAAAGUUAACCGUGCAUACUUAAAAAAAAUUAGUACCCAUUUCAUAGCAGUUAGACUGUCAUACUGGAUGGCAUCACGCUGACAUGCUAUGUUUGCGCUGCAACUCAUAAAACCCUGAUCGUAAUCAGUAAUGACCUACACCCAUCGAUGAAAGGUGGCAACCGAAGGAAAUAAGGAAUCAUUGCCGAUAACUGCUAUUGUAAAUCGCAAGCAAGCAUGUUGACUUUUGAUCAAGAAGCUUCCCAGAGAGCUGUGUCGACUCGAAAAUUGUUUUCUUAAUCAGUGACUAUUCCUCCAAUAGAUUUUAAUGGUUUUAUGAGAGUUUUUCAAAAACUUACUCAGCUGACCCGACUUUAAUUCACUCCUUUCCAUGAGUAGCAACUUUAAGAGGAUCCGAAUUUUUCAUAUUAACCCAACUGCAAAAAACCCGGCGCCUCGGUGGAAUUCGAACCCACGACAGGAAGGGGAAGGCUUUAGUACAGCCAACACGCUAGCCACCUGAGCUACGAGACCCCAGGGGGAUACCUGAGUUUAAUAACAUUUGAGUUAGGUUACCCGCCCAACCUACUGCAACGUCUGAAAUCCACCAAAUCUGAUACAGCAAGCUGACUGCCCAAACAGGAUUUCCUAAGUAACCCACCUAGAAACCGCCAGAUGACUGCUAGGCUCACGUAAUUUAUAGAUGAUUUGGCCGUCAGCUUGCUGUAUCAGAUUUGGUGGAUUCCAGACGUUGCAGUAGGUUGGGCGGGUAACCUGACCCAAAUGCGAUUAAACUCACGUCUCCCCCUGGGGUCUCGUAGCUCAGGUGGCUAUCGUGUUGGCUGUACUAAAGCCUUCCUCUUCCUGUCGUGGGUUUUAAUCCCACCGAGGCGCCGAGUUUUUCACAGUUGAGUCAAUAUGAAUUAUUCAAAAUCUGCGAAAACAUCAAUGAAUGAACCUAGAUUUUGGCAGUCAUGGGAACUCGGAUACCGACUGGCCCUUUUCAAUACUACGUAAAGUUCAGAAGGCAAUUUGGUGAGCACACGUCAGCUUUUGAUAAAUUUUCUUCAGGCUUAUAAAUUUAUGUGGCUAUUGAAAUAAUGAAUCAAAAGAUACGGACACGUAAAUAGGUAUACUGUAGCUGAAGUUUGAGGAGGGAACGGGACAAGGGAAACCAAAAUUCCAGUCAGCGCCAUGGAGAAGGUAGGCCCUGGUAAAAGUAAUUAUAUACGGAUGGCUGGUUUGGUAGCUUUGACCCGCGGCAACUGUGGGACCUGUGUGAAAUUCCUCUGUGCGCACAGGACCGGUUCGCAUAGCCUGAUUGCAGCCGCCUAAAGUAUUUCUUAAUUUGCGUCGUAGAACCUCCGAUAUCGAAAAAGACGGGCUGUGGCGUCCUUUUUGUAAUGGCAGUUUACCAGCACGGCGAUUCCAAACGUUCAACCAAGUUUCUGCUUACACAUUGCCCCGUAUCGCGCAGCAAUCUGGAAACCUGAUAAUAAUGACAGAACCGCUACAUUGUUUCAAUUGCCUCAGAUGUCAGAGAACUCAAAAAACAGUCACACCAUCGCAUACCGGACCUUUCUUGAACUGAUUCAUCAUCGAUGUUCGUUUAUGCCAUUAAGGUCUAAAGCUUGCCUCCCAUCUCUCGAAGCGCCUCCAGCGACCUGAGGGGCGCGGAGCCGCCGAGCUUGGCUGAAUUGCUAAUGGUGUGAGACAAGUCAUUCAUGAGUUGUUCGUCCUUAAACUCUGAAUUCGUCUGCGAACCUCCGCGUGCAUGGCUACAGCACAAUAGGCUGAAUUUAUGGAAUUAUUCAGAGGACUAGUUUGCGGGCAUACGGUUACUCUCGAUAAAUUCUCGUCAGGCCAGUAUAUUUGUAUGGAAGCAGGUUAGAAGUAAAAACAUGUACUGGCCUGACGGGAAUUUGCCCAAAAUAAACGUGUGCUCGCUAACUGGUCUUAUAAUAUUAUGUUAGUGAUAAGCCUGCUAACACGUUGCUUUCAGGGAAGACAGGAAUUGUGAGUAGGGCGAUGAUAUUGAGUGGCUCAAAGUUAAUUGGGAAAGACUGAUAAACAGGGCAUCCGAGUUCCCGAAUUCAUAGGCAUUCAACAAGGCACUAGCCUAUUUGUACUAAUCGUGAACGGCCUCGACUUCGCGUUGGUCGUUUGCGCUUGAUGGAUAAUGCCAGGUGAGGCGAACUGACGUAACUCAAAACGUUGGCUCGAGCGUCGCUUGUGAUUAAUAACGGUAAACAAAUCGAAAAUGCACAUUCCACUGUCCCUGUUUAUGUCGGUAAGGCUUCUACAACUCGCGGUCUUUGGAAUGUAUAAAACACAUCGAACUUGGCUACUAAAAUUGUGCAAGUAGAUAUUUUAAAUAAUUUACGAAACGAUUAUAAAUCUCCCUAGGGUGCAACUUGAGAACGGUCGACAGCAUACCUGCUAUAACGCAUGCGAUUUGGAACAGGACCGCUCACUACAAGCAGGUCUCUGACAACUAACAGAAGAUAAUUGACGCCAAAAUAAGUUGAGUUGACAGGGCCGAUUCGACUGUGCAAAGGAACAUGGUCUUUCUAAUUGGGCUUGAAAUCCAAUAUGAAGCGCCCCGAAGGCAGUUACAUGGUCAUAGGCCAUCAAGUUAAAAAGAAUAAAGAAAAAUUCUAGGCCUUCGCUUGAUUUUCGAUGCAUUUACAUUUUUUUUCUGUUCCUCGUCACAAAAUUCUUUUUUUGCUAUAGUACGUGUUACUCCUGCGCUUAUAAAGUUCCGACCUAAAGUAUAUAUUCAGUUGGCGAAGACUACUAAUAUGAGCUUCCAAAACAGACUGGCAAGAAAUAUUGCCCGAGGUUGCUUCGUGCACGUCAAUGUGUCGGCUUUUGCUCGGGCACCAUUCCAGCUUCUCAAGAGAUUCUCCAAUAGAUAGUGAAAAAUAUUCUUAAUUUUCCAUUUUCUAAGAUUCAAUUAUAUUUCCUAUACAAGAUGUCAAUGGGUAAACACCAAAAGGAAAUUUUAGCAUGCCGUACGUCUUAGGAUCUGAUAUUUGGAGAAGGGCAUAUUUUGGCCUACAAAGUUUAGCAAGUCCCACAUCCUUCGCACGAUAAAAUGCGUUUUCAUAAUACAUACUAAGUACUCUUUAAAAAAUAUAUUUUUUCCCUCAUGACAGCAAAAAAGAAACCUUUUGGCGGUCAGUUGAAAUGCAUUUGUCAUAUAUGUUAUCAGACAAAAGGACAUGAUACGGAUACUAGACUGCAUUGCCAAAAACGUAAACAUUCGGAAAGUCUUAUAUUUACAAAUUUUCGAACAGCAAAGUACGUUCUUCCUCCAAGUAACAAAUUGAAGACACUUUUUUCUAGAACACUGGUAUAAAAUUGAAUACAUCCUCAAUUUUCGGAAAUAUAACCGGCGUUUUAAAGGCUCGAAAAGCAGGAAGCUGAUCUGGAAGCAUGUCCAAUGUCGAUUAGAAGUCAGACAUUAGUUGAUCUAUAAUGGUCCCACCGAAGCAAUCGAUUUUUUUACAAUUGGGCCAAAUACAUUUUCCUUGAAGGCCAGUGCGAAAAUGCCAUUCGGUUCCAUAACUGUCGACACGUCUUGUUGCCGACGUGCAAGGUAGGUGAAAUCAGACAUUUGGAGGAUCUCCAUGGAUUUAAAUUCGUUGAUAAUCACCACGGCAACCACACUUAAGUACUCUUUUUCUACUUUCGAGUAUAGGCCUAGUUAGGCUGCCCAGAGUCCAGCACAUUAAAAAUACAGCGUUUUAUGCAAACUCCGACGGUCCUCAGUCUCUCGUCAGUAGGAACAGGGCUCAGGGCGAACAAUAAGUGAAGGACGCUCAGAAAGCAGGGAAAAGGCGGCACUUCUGAUUGAACACUAAUUGAAAAAUCAAUUCCAAGUAGGCUAAAUAGUUUAAAGUAAUCUUUGGACUGUUUUGGAAUUGCGAAAAUUUUCAUUGUAAAAUUCAAGAAGAAUUUGGCGAGCAUACGUCUGCUUCCGAUAACUUCUCUUCAGGCCUGUUCAUUUAUAUGGCUAUUGAAGUAUUGAAUUAAAAGAUACGGGCAACUAGAUAAUUAAGCUGUAGCUCGGGUUCGGGGAGGGGAGGGGAGGGGGAGAGUGAAACACCACAAUUCCAGUCAGCGCCAGGGGGAAGGUAGGUCCCGGCGAAGGUAAUUACCUUCCCCCUGGCGCUGACUGGAAUCGUGGUGUUUCACUCUCCCCCUCCCCUCCCCUCCCCAAACCCGAGCUACAGCUUAAUUAUCUAGUUGCCCGUAUCUUUUAAUUCAAUACUUCAAUAGUCAAAUAAAUGUACAGGCGUGAAGAGAAUUUAUCGAAAGCAGACGUAUGCUCGCCAAAUUGCCUUUUGAAGUUUAAAGUAAUCUUGGAGAAUUUGCUGGAGUUUUACCCAUGUGAAAUCUAGACGUUAAACCUAUCGUUCCACAACCAACAUUCGCUUCCAGACUGCUCCUCUCCACAGUGAAUCAUACCGUUAGGGGAGAUUCACUCCAUCUCAUGAUCAGGAUAAGCCAACGAGCCGACAGUAUGCGAUCCCGUGGUGAACUGAUAGAUUAUCUCCAAUUCGGCUCGGACUAAUCCAAGAGCUCCGGACCUGUCUGAUCAGAUAUUGGAUCAUGACUGAAUGGUGAUGACAAGUGAACCGGAAAUAUCCACUCUAGCGUUCUGGGAACAUUUCUCAGGUAAUGGGUCGGCUGUCAGGCGAAAAACAGUGGCUACCGAAUUAGCCAGCCUGGAGAAGAGGCAAUUUUGUUCAACUUUCUAACAAAAUUUUAAAAUUUCACAUGGAACGCUGCCGCCGGCAAAACCGACGACAAUGUCAACAAACUUCGGACGUUCGCCAUCACGAGAACAGGUCCGGCUGGUUUCGGAAGACUCAAGGAAACACACUUUAAUGAAUGAAGAGGAAAUUUCGAGUUCCAGGUGUAUGCAUAACUGAAAAAGAAGAGUCGAACACCGGAACACUGUGUUUAUUGUCCUGAGCCUUCAGACUCGUACAGGAGUCCAUCGUCAGAGGAAGCAGCAGCAGAACAAGCCACCAAAACAGUCCUCCACACCGGAAACAAAACAGGCCGAGAAUUGA